AUGACCUCCGCCCAUCUCCUUACCUUACGUCUCCUUUCCGCCGCUCCAAUCAACUUCCGCCGCCCUACAUCGCCUUCCGCUGCCCUACCGAUCCUUCCGCCACGAUCUCCGCCCAUCUCCCUACCUCACGUCUCCUUUCCGCCGCCCCUAGUCAACCUCCGCCGCCCUACAUCGCCUUCCGCUGCCCUACCGAUCCUUCCGCCACGAUCUCCGCCCAUCUCCCUACCUCACGUCUCCUUUCCACCGCCCCUAGUCAACGUCCGCCACCCUACAUCGCCUUCCGCUGCCCUACCGAUCCUUCCGCCACGAUCUCCACCCAUCUCCCUACCUCACGUCUCCUUUCCGCCGCCCUACAUCGCCUUCUGCUGCCCUACCGAUCCUUCCGCCACGAUCUCCGACAAUCUCCCUACCCCACGUCUCCUUUCCGCCGCCCCUAGUCAACGUCCGCCGCCCUACAUCGCCUUCCGCUGCCCUACCGAUCCUUCCGCCACGACUUCCGCCCAUAUCCUUACCUUACGUCUCCUUUCCGCCGCCCCACAUCGCAUUCCGUGGCCCUACCUAUCCUUCCGCCACGACUUCCACCCAUCUCCUUACCUUACGACUCCUUUCCGCCGCCCAAGAGCACUUCCGCCGCUCCACAUCUCCUUCCGCCGCCCGAAACCAUCGAUACCAAUACCAUUAUGCCAGUUCCUGAUCCUAUCCGCCGAACAUAACCUCAAUUUCAAUCCCCAUUUGUUUCUAUGUUAA